AUGGACGGGGACAAACGCAAUAAGAAUACUGAUAAGACUAAGUUACAAAACGUAAGAAGGAGACUAUUUACCGAUACUGAUGAUAAUCAAGAAAAUAAUGAAGAAGAAAAGACUACUCAAGGGAAUGAUGAUAACUUGGCUAAUAGAUUAAUUGAAGAAACGCGUUUUGAGGCUAAAGAACGAUGGAAUUUCGAUUUCGAAAAAGAUGAACCGUUAAACGGUCAAUGGGAAUGGGUAAAAAUAGACGAAGAAUUUUCUGAUCGGAAUCCACCGGCGUUAGGAAAUUCCCACAACAACACCAGAGAUAAUUUACAACAAGAAAAAAUAGAUAACAAUAAUCAUUAA